UUGCUUGACGGUUCCCUCACAGAUCUCCCCUGUACUCUCGUUCCCUUCCCUCGGUUAUAUCGGUCAUGGCGGAAGACGGGGAGCAGACCUUCAGCGGCCUCGGCGUUUGCGAGCAAUUAGGGGAAGCUUGCGAUAGUCUGGGGUGGAAAAACCCGACGAAGAUCCAAGUUGAGGCGAUACCUCAUGCCCUUGAAGGAAGAGACGUGAUUGGCCUAGCACAAACAGGGUCAGGCAAGACAGGAGCUUUCGCAUUGCCAAUUUUACAAGCGCUACUUGAAAACCCACAACCGUUUUUUGCUUGCGUGCUUUCUCCAACUAGGGAGCUGGCAAUUCAGAUAGCUGAACAGUUUGAAGCUUUAGGGUCUGGCAUAGGUGUUAAAUGUUCUGUGCUUGUGGGAGGAGUGGACAUGAUGCAACAAGCAAUUUCUCUCGCAAAGCGUCCUCAUAUUGUGGUGGGGACUCCCGGGCGUCUCUUGGAUCAUUUAUCAAAUACAAAAGGUUUUAGCCUUCGCAUGUUAAAGUACUUGGUCUUAGAUGAGGCUGAUAGGCUUCUCAACAUGGAUUUUGAAAAAGCUAUUGAUGACAUAUUGAAGGCUAUUCCUCGAGAACGAAGAACAUAUCUAUUUUCAGCUACCAUGACGAAAAAGGUUGGCAAACUUCAGCGGGCUUGUCUAAGGAAUCCUGUAAAGAUUGAGGCUGCAUCAAAAUAUUCCACUGUUGAUACGCUUAAGCAACAGUUUCGCUUGACUCCUGCGAAGUUUAAGGAUUGCUAUCUUGUGUAUAUUCUGACUGAGAUGUCUGGGAGUAUUUCGAUGGUUUUCACUCGCACAUGUGAAUCAACACGACUUCUCUCUCUGAUUCUCCGAAAUCUUGGUUUAAAUGCCAUACCAAUUAGUGGUCAAAUGAGCCAGGCCAAGAGAUUGGGAGCUUUGAACAAGUUCAAGGCUGGAGAAUGUAACAUUCUUAUAUGCACGGAUGUGGCUAGUAGAGGUCUUGAUAUCCCUUCGGUGGAUGUGGUUAUCAAUUAUGAUAUUCCAAGCAAUUCUAAGGAUUAUAUCCAUCGUGUGGGCAGAACUGCACGUGCUGGACGAUCUGGGUUGGCAAUAUCUUUAGUGAAUCAGUAUGAAGUUGAGUGGUACCUGCAGAUAGAGAAGCUAAUUGGCAAAAAGCUUCCCGAGUAUCCCGCAGAGGAAGCAGAAGUUCUGGUGCUCUUGGAACGGGUAACUGAUGCCAAGAGGAUUUCUCUCAUGAAAAUCAAGGAAGGUGGUGGCAACAAGAGACGGAAAAAGGUGGAAGAUGAUGAGGAAGAAGCUACAAGAUAUGCUGUCGAUCCCAAGAAUGCGAAAGCAUUCAAGAAAUCAAAAAGGAGGUGAUAGAAGAUUAAAAUAUAGGAAAAGGAAACACUGAUUGAAGAGCUUCAUUUUUUCCCCCCCUUAAAUACCUGUUCCUUAUUUACACCCAGGUAUAUUAAGUUCUGUGUUCCUGUCCAAGUUUUGUCUAUGUUAUAGCAUGAAGACUGAAUGAAAUUUGGAGUCUUUUUCUGAUUUACCUUCUACAGAACUGUUUUUAGGGAGUUUAGAACUAAUUUUGAUUCACAUUCAGCUAAUCCACUUUUGUUGAUGGUCUGGGCCAUGACUCAAGGUGUCAUCUUGUUUUAUUUGUGAUUCUUAAUUUUGUUAAGUAUUCCGAAACAUUAGCCUUCA